AUGUUUACAAUCCUAUCAUCGGCAUUCAAAUUCGUCUCGACACUUUUUGCCCAUUUAUUCAAUGUCAACUCUACCGUUAACUCUUUCCCAUCAUCGCAGGAGCAUACUGAAAAGAAAUACCAUGAUCAUGACAUUGUCUUCCUGUCAGAAACAAUUAACAUUUUAUGA